AUGAACGAUACAUUUUAUGAUCUGGAUUCGAAUGUGACUACUAUUGGUUACAAACAGUUUCUCGAUAGGAUCUUUUCCAAUACAUCACUUGGUCAUCGCCUGCGUGAACGAUUGACCCUUGUCAACCUUCGUCAUGUAUUCUAUUUGAUCUCUCCAUAUGAAACAGCUGUAGAAACCCUUGAGGAAGUGCCAAACUAUAAUGUAGAGGUAUCAACGUGGUGGUUGGUAUUCAUUAUUACUGAGUUCCUUAUACUGCAAAUAUCUGGUCAUCGUGAACGCUUCGCUCUCAAUGACUCAAUUACUUCAAUAUGUGCAGGAAUGCUUAGCCAGUGCUUCAAGUAA